CAUCUCCACGCCAGCUGGUCUGCUUACUCUAAGCCUCCUUUCGUCCGGCUGGUCCUGGUACAACGUUCGCUCCUUAUGUUUCGCACUCUGGGUGGACAGGUCGCUGUGGAAGACCCUCAGGCUCCAUCGGUCCAAGAGUUUUACGCCCACCCCGAUUAUCGCGUCAUUGCUGCCUUCUUUCUUGGAUGGGUGUUCCUGAUUAGCGUGUACCAUAUCGUGUGCUGUGCUUUACUCCGUGAUGUGAUCCGCAGGUUAUGCCUCGCCCUCAGGCUCUCGCAACCCAGGAUGAAUACAGGCGAUGUGGAGGCUCCUUCUAGCCAAGAGAAAGCUCAGGACAGUCGCGACUCGGACCAGUCAUCUAUGACACGCUGGGAGAUAAACGACAGUGCAUUUGUCUUUAUCCUAAACCUUUGCUUUGCGUUCACUGCUGUUGCUGAAUUCGCUUCACUCCUCAAUCUCGACUCUCCGAAUGGCGAUAGCGUCGCUUGUGCGUUUGUGGUCGCAUGGGGCAGCAUGGCUGCAGAGUCUGCUCGUAUAUUUGGCCUGUUGAUGCUCAGUUGGAGGCUUCGGCGCCUGGGUAUCAGAUUUGUAGAGUCGUGUGUAUUCUGGGUAGGCCUUCUGGCCGUCUUGGGUCUUGUCUUUGCCCUCAACGCGACAGGUCCGGGCACCACGAGUAUACUAGCACCGAAUGGUAUCUCAAUAUGCUAUAAGCAAAUCUACCUGCCGCUCUCAGUUGCGUUAUCCGGCACGCUUAUGGGCCUGGAGCUUUACACAAUACUGCGUUUUGUCUCAUUGGCAACGUACCGCCCCCUGGGCGUCCGCGUCGUUUCCAAAGGUUUCGCGAGUUUGAACGUCGCGAGAGCAGCCAGCCUCUUCGCACUCGAUCUUUGCACUCUUGUUCCAGGUCUGUGGUGGGUCAACACGCUGGCUCAGAAUCUUCCAUUCUGCUUCAGUGCUUUGCUUGUCAUUGGGACGUUCAACUAUCCUGAGAAGCAGGAAAGAAGUGCGACCCCACGCCGCCAAAGGAGCCAUGAUUACAACCCCCGGAACAGCUCUGCUUUGAAUAUGCAGAGAAUGUCCCACAAUUCGCUGCUCACGCCGAGCCCCUUCCUUCUCCAUUUCACCGACACGCCCCUUGCAUCAAUGCCCAAUGAGACAUUGAGACCAAGCCAACACGGCCGGACAGGGUCCGGAGCAGGGCGGGAUCUGGUCCUCCAUAUCACCAGAGAAUCCACGCUCAAUUUUCCAGGGAAUGCGCAACCGAGUGAUAUCCCGGCUCCCCCACACAGCGCGCCGCCCAAGCUUACUGAUCCCUCAGAAGCAAACGAAUCGCGCUCGCGCAAGAUCCUCCCUUUCCAAGUCGAAUACGCGAGGCAUCUGGAAGAGCAGGCGGAAUCUCUGCCCACGGGUCCUAUUGUACGGAAGCCCAAAGAACGUCCACACAUGUUCGUCGUUAUUCACGAUGAGGAUUCUGAGCCGACGGUGGAGAAGCACAAUUCGCACGGGACUAUUAUGGGCUCGGACAUCAUCAGGCUCACGCCACGCACGCCGCACAAGAAACCUAGUGACUCGAGACUACUCUCGCCGGACUCGGCAGCACCGUCGUGUUUCCCUUACUCCCCGGUCAACGACCCGGUCCCAAUACCGUGCUCUGCCUUCUAUCGGUCGACAUCGUCCUCUUCUGCAUACACGCAGAACAAGUAUUCGAUGUCCGGGGAGUCGUCCGCGGACGAGUAUGCGCAGAGUAUGGUCCCACCGGACAGCAUGCGAUCGCCUUCUGACUCGCCGCGACGAUUCUCCUGGAGGUUCCUCCGCCAGUCCUACGCGUCCACUCGCACUCAAGCGCGAGAGGAGCUUCCUACGGUGUUGGAAGGAUCGUCAGACAGUCACUCGAGUCUUCCGAGAUCCUCCACUGGCCGUUCCAGAAGCAGGAGGACGACGUUCGGUCAGAGCAAGCAAAGCGUGAUGUCCCCAGACGAACCGAUGCCGGCCCGCGUACCAUCGCUGUCCCGCCUUGCCACGAUCUUCAAGGGGGACAUACCGCCAAGCAUCCCGCCGCUCCCAUUCACUCCCGUACUCCCUGCCUCUCCCCUGCCUGUAGCGAGUCCCACUGGCAGUGGCAUAGGGCGCGGGAGUAUGGUCAGGGGCCCGCGCCCUCCAAGGAGCGGUUCGAAGUCGCCAGGGCCUGAUCGCGAACUGAGGAGCAGCCUUCGAGCGGAUUUGGUGGUGGGGGUAUCGCCAAUUUCCGAGAGAAGUGACAACACUGGCCUCGCGUCCGACGGCCACAGCGCGUAGCUUCGCUUCGCAGGUGGAGUUCGUCGUCUUAAAAGCCUUUUUAUAUUACAACCGUACUGGCUACGAAUGUACCCUUAUUCAUGCUCUAUUAUUGUAAGCCCGCUGUAAUUCCCUUGAGUCGCA